UAGAAACAACAAAAAGGCAUCUCAAAUGGCAUUGAAACACCUCUUCUUUCUUCUCAUGGUAUCCUUCUCAUUAGGAGUGGACGCAACGGUUUUUACAUUGCAAAAUAGAUGCAGGAACACAAUUUGGCCUGGGAUCCUAACAGCAUCAGGAAAGCCACAACUCAUGGAUGGGGGGGUUCAACUAAGAUCUGGUCAAGCUGUAAACAUCACUGCACCAAAAGCAUGGUCUGGCCGGUUCUGGGGUCGACGAGGAUGCUCUUUUGAUAGCUCUGGUAGUGGAUUGUGCGUCACCGGUGAUUGUGGAGGCAAGCUCAAGUGUGAUGGUGCUGGGGGAGUGCCACCAGCUUCGCUAGCAGAGUUUACCCUAGACAGCCCAGAGGGGGACUUUUAUGACGUUAGCCUUGUUGAUGGUUACAACAUGCCAGUGUCAAUCUUCCCCUCCGGAGGAUCCGGUCAGUGUAAGGCUGUCACUUGCCGUUCGGAUUUGAACAGAAACUGCCCAAGUGGAUUGGAGUUGAGAAGAAAUGGGAAAAUUGUUGGUUGUAAGAGUGCAUGUAUGGCAUUCAACAAGCCACAAUAUUGUUGCACUGGAGACUUUAAUAGCCCAAAUAAGUGCCAACCAACAAACUAUUCAAAGGUGUUCAAGGCUUCUUGUCCUCAGGCUUAUAGCUAUGCCUUUGAUGAUUCAACCAGCACUUUCACUUGCCAAGGAGCUGACUAUUUAAUUAGGUUUUGUUAG